AUGAAUAACAAUUCAAUUUUUACAUUAUCAGAAACAAUUCUAACACGAAAUAGUAAAUUUGGUAUUUUACUUAUUUUGGAACCACCUUCAUUACUUUGCAACUUCAUCUUCGUUUUCUAUCUUAUAAUAGAUCAUAAUCUUCGAGUAGCGAUUCAUCAUCAUGUGAUUUUAGCACUUCUUAUUGUAUCUUUAUUAACAAAUCUUAUUGAAAUACCACGUAUUUUACAUUAUUUACGUAUUGGUAUUGUUACACCACAAACUACAAUGAGUUGUCUUAUGUGGCAAUGGUGUGAUUAUUUACUAUAUGGUCAAGCUAAUGUACUUAUGCUAUGGGCUUCAUUUGAACGACAUAUUCUUGUUUUUCAUAGCCAUUUUGUUAGUACAACUCGAGGUCGUUUAUUUAUUCAUUAUUUACCAUUGUUUUUAAUUAUUAUCUAUCUUAUUUUAUUCUAUACUGUAGUUAUACUUAUCUAUCCUUGUAAAAGAAAUUUUGAUUUUGAAUUACCUCUUUGUGGUCAACCAUGUUUUACCGAUUAUUCAAUUCUUUCACUUUAUGAUCUUUUUAUUCAUAGUUGGCUUCCAACAUUUUUUAUUGCAAUACUUUCUGUAAGUCUUGUUGUUCGUGUAAUCAAUCGAAAAAGAACAUUAUUACAACAAGAUAUUCCAUGGCGUAAACAUCGUCGAAUGAUUCUUCAAUUAUUAUCUAUAUCAUGUCUUUAUCUUAUUUGUAUGGGACCUUAUACUUUAAUACAAGUUAUUGAUUUACUAGUUGGUUUACCUGAUGGUGCUGAAUAUAUUAAAAAUGUCUAUUUCUUCUAUGUAUAUUGGUUGUUGACAUUAUUAUUACCGUAUACUUGCAUUGGUUGUUUGCCUGAAGUAGGACAUACGGGCAACAAGAUCAGCUAUAAAUAUUUUGGAACAUGUGAUAGUUACUUCAUAUCAUCUGAUACCAUGUCUUUGAAAAAAUUUCAAGGUUUUACAAUUUAUCCAAAUCGAGAUAUAUCUGAAACAUCAAAAAAAAUGUCCUGA